CGGCCGGCCGACCCGUCCGCGGCCCAAGAUGGCGGGCGGGGUGGACUUCGGCGACCGGGAGCUCUUCGAGCCCUUCGGCGGGGAGGACGAGGAGGAGGCGCCGAAGCCCGCGGGUCUCCGCUUCGGAGGCGAAGAGGAGGAGAAUGGAGUGGGGGAGCGGCAGGUCCGGGAGCGGCUGCGGCGGUGCGAGGAGACCAUCGAGCAGCUCCGGGCGGAGAAUCAAGAACUUAAGAGAAAAUUGAACAUUCUGACUCGACCAAGUGGAAUUCUGCUGAACGAUUCUAAAUUAGAUGGACCUUUGUUGCAGAUUUUAUUUAUGAACAGUGUCAUUUCAAAGCAAUAUCAUCAAGAAAUAGAGGAUUUUGUUUCAAAUUUAGUAAAAAAAUAUGAGGAGCAUCAGAAAAGUGAUACAGAAAAGGCCACCUUUAAUAUUAAACCUCAGCCAUCCAGUGUUGUCUUGGAAGAGGAUCAUAAGGUGGAAAACUCUAGUACAGUAAAAAAAAUUAAAGAACCUUUUAGCGUUGUAGGAAGUGUAUUGUAUUUUUCCAAUUUUUGUCUAGAUAAACUGGGUCAGCCGCUACUGAACGAAAACCCUCAGCUUACAGAAGGAUGGGAAAUACCCAAGUACCAACAAGUUUUCAGUCAAAUUGUCUCUCUGGAAGGUCAGGAAAUACAAGUAAAGGCAAAAAGUAGGCCAAAGCCUCACUGUUUCAACUGUGGCUCAGAAGACCAUCAAAUAAAAGAUUGUCCAAUGCCACGGAAUCCGGCUCGUAUAAGUGAGAAGAGAAAAGAGUUUAUGGAAGCUUGUGGGGAGGCAAAUAACCAGAAUUAUCAGCAGAGGUAUCAUGCCGAAGAAGUAGAAGAAAGGUUUGGCAGAUUCAAACCGGGAAUUAUUAGUGAAGAACUCCAAGAUGCCCUUGGUGUGUCUGACAAGAAUCUUCCGCCUUUCAUCUAUCGCAUGCGCCAGCUGGGUUAUCCACCAGGUUGGCUCAAAGAGGCGGAAUUGGAGAAUUCAGGGCUUGCGCUUUAUGAUGGAAAAGAUGCCACUGAUGAAACAGAAGCCGGAGAACUGCAGCAACAGAAUAAGUGUGUCACUUAUGAUGUCUCUAAAUUGGUAAACUAUCCAGGUUUUAAUAUAUCUACUCCAAAAGGAAUUCCAGAUGAAUGGAGGAUAUUUGGUUCCAUACCAAUGCAAGCUUCUCAGCAAAAAGAUGUUUUUGCUAAUUACCUUUCUUCUAACUUCCAAUCGUCAAGUCCCAAGUCUAGCUGUAAAAGAUCUGCAUCCCAAUCAAGUCCUAAUAGUCCAAAAAAGCAAAAAAGAGGAAAUAGUACGGUGUCAUCAUCGACUGACAUGGAGCUUGAUUCUGAUAUGGAGGUGCCCCCCAGUUCUCACUCGGGCGAAGCUUUUGAGUUCCAGCCACCCUUGCCUCCGGGAUCUCCCCUAAUUGGAACUCCUCCCCCGUUGCCCCGAGGAACUCCUCCCCAGACGCCACCAAACUUCACCCCGCCCCUCCCCAGAGGCACUCCACCGUCGGCUCCUUCGGCCGACUCGACUCAAAGCAGGGGAGGCGAUGCCGCCAUGGACGAAGACACCUUGACCCUAGAAGAACUGGAAGAGCAACAGAGGUUAAUAUGGGCCGCGCUAGAACAGGCAGAUAGUACGAACAGUGAUUCUGACAUUCCGGGCGACACCCCGUUAACUGGAAAUUCUGUCACAUCUUCACCAUCCAGGAAUGAACAGCCCGCUACUGCGCCGGAAGGAAAAACCUCAGAAAAACCAGUGUCAGUUGAACCUGGGGUUUCGGACACUUGCCCUCAGAUCACCCAGACAGAGCAUUUGCAAUCUAGCCCCGCUGGGGAGGCCAUGGUGCUCUGCGAAAAGGAAGAGAAAGAGGAAGAGCCAGCUGGGACUGAUGGGGAAGGCACCUUAGAUAACAGCACCGCCGGGUCAAACUGUGAAGUCAGUAACGGAGGCAACGAGGCUCUUGCUCAGGCGGUCACCAGCACCGCGUUGCCCACGAAAAUCUCCAGCCCCAUUCCUGACAUGAGCAAAUUUGCCGCGGGCAUCACACCGUUCGAAUUUGAGAACAUGGCAGAGUCUACGGGGGUUUAUCUCAGAAUAAGAAGCCUGUUAAAGAACUCACCGCGAAACCAGCAGAAGACCAAAAAGACUUCCGAGUAGCUGGUCGGUGCUCUACCCCGUGUGACGUUCAGUUUAUCUGUAAUUAUCUUCUUCAUUUUUGCUGGGAGAUCAACUUAACCGAGCAGAGGAGCGGUCUCGUCGAUGGAAAAAAAUCGAUCCAGCUUUCGAUCGUGCUGAGAGCCACUCUGGCAGCUUGCUUGAAAGAGCCUCUAAGGGGUGGAAAGACUAUUGAUUUACUAAUAUAGCAUAUUUUAUUCUCAUUGAUUUUAAAAAAAAAAAGAAAAGUUGAGAAGAUAAAAGAUUCCGGAGUCCGAGGUGGUUACUUCGUGGUUUUCUUGAGAUUUGUACGAUUUUUGACUCGUGAGUUUCGGACGGAAUGAUGGUUUUUAACUGUCCUUUGUAUAUUGUUUCUCUUUCUACAUUUUGCUAAGUAUCCUGUAGAUAAUGUCAAUGUUUUUAAAGUUCUGACAGUUUUAAAUUUCUUAUGUUUCAAUUCUGGCAAUCAAAUGGAAAAAUCAGGGAUUACCAGCUUUGUCACCAUUUCGGGUAUUUUUAUAAGUGAUUUCGGUGGGUUAAAUUUUAAUACCACUUUUACUUUUUGUAACUCAUUCUUCACAUAAACUUGCUGUACAGUUAUGUUCAUCCUGUGUACAGAGGUUUAAUAAAAUAGUUUUCAUAUAAAUGUUA